UCAGCCAGUGAAACACUUCAUGUGUUAAACUUGUUAAAGGGGAAGUGAUGAAGCUGAAGGCGUCUCGCUGCUGCUCAGACUGAUGUUCAGUCGUCAUCCAGACACGAUGAAGACUCCGUGUGUCUCUCUGCUCCUCGGUGUGUGUGUGCUGCUGCUGUCUGCACCGACUGUUUCUGCAGUGUCUCUGUCUGUCAGUCCAAACCUUCAGCAGUUCUUCACUGGAUCUUCUCCAGUGUAUCUGAGUUGUGUUGAUGAUGGACAGACAGCUGAUGGAUGGACAGUGAAGAGGACCAGAGGAAACCUCACUGAGGACUGUGGAGCAGCUGGUUCAGAGUUUAGUAGGUUUAACAGUUCCUUCUGUGUUUUCGGUCUCUCCACUGGUGGAAAUUUCCUGUGUGUAAGCUCAUCUGGACAUCAGAGUGAUGAAGUCUCCAUCAGUGUCUCAGAAGGAGGUGUGAUCCUGGAGAUUCCUGCACUUCCUGUCAUGACAGGAAGUGAUGUCACUUUGUACUGUACACCCAAAGAGGGAGAAAGACGAAAAUCUUACUUCAUCAGAGAUGAUGUUACACUUGGAUCUGGACCUGAAGGAAAGUGGAUUCUCUCUAAAGUCCAGCGGUCUGAUGAAGGUCUCUACUCGUGUUUUACUGAUAUUCAUCCACGUUCUCCUCAGAGCAGACUGAGGGUCAGAGUUCCUCCCAAAAUCAUCCAUCCUCCUCCUCACUGUCCUCCUCCUCCAUGCAACUCCACAAACUUUGCUCCUCCCUUAAAAACUGCUCUUACGUGUCCUCCCUGUACUUCUUCUCCUCCUCCUCCUCCUCCUCCUCCUCCUCCCUCUCUCCUGGUCCCAGUUGUAGCAGGUCUGGUCUCUGGGCUUCUCCUGGUUCUGGUUCUGGGUGGAGUUCUGUUCCUCUGCAGUAAACUAAAAGGAGGUCGGGGAGCAGACCUGUGGAGCUGUGGAGGUGACGGCUGUCUGAGACGGAGCGUCUGCCUCUGCUUUUCAGGCCUGUUUCUGCUGACUGCUGCAGGUGUGUGUGUGCUGCUGCUGUCUGCUCUGACCGUUUCCACAGCUUCUCCUCCUCCCUCUGAGUCUGUGCUGAGGCUCUUCUGCCAUCUAGUGGUCUUCUGUCCGUACUGCAUCUCCACUGGUCUGCUGCUGUCCAUCUGCUGCAGCAGGAGGACACCGAACAAACCGGCCGUCUCCAUGGAGAUGAUCCAGCGUGAUGGAGGUGGUCAGGGACUGGCUGAAGAUGGUGAUGAUGUCACUGCUGAUGUCACCACUGAGCAUGCCUUCUGAGCUGCAGACUGUGUGUCAGGGUACCAGCAUCUGCAGUAUUUCUGUAUCUUGAUUCCUCUUUUGCUGUAUUGGAGAAAAGUUCCAGUGUUUACUGUCAGUGUGGAUUAGUUAGGUUUGAGUUUAUCGCUUCAUCCCUGUUUCCUGUGUAAGUCUGUCCUCUGUGUCUGUCUCCUCUGUCUGUAUUGUGCCUCCUGUACAUUCUCUCCAGUCCAUCACGUGCGUCUCUUCCCGUUGUCUUCUUCUGGUUCUUCCGUUCUUCCCUCCCGUCUCCUGUGUCAUGUUGUGUGAAUUAAUGUUUCCUGUUUUACUUUGACAGUGUCACAUCCUGUGUUCAGUUUUUGUAGUUUUGCUUCCUGUGUGUCGUCAGGUCCACUCUUCCGAUCGUGGAACUCUGAUGUGUUUUUAUCAGUCAGUAAGUUUACCUCAGUGUACGAGGUGACAAACUAACUUCAUCGUCUAAAUUUGUUACUGAGGUCUGGACGAUGAACACACCCCUGUAAACUCUCCCACUAAUACUUCAGGAUAUUCUCUUACCCAAUAAAAUGGUCACUGCUAAAUAAACACAGCUGUGUGUUGAACCAAAAUCAUACAUGUUUCCAUGUAGAAAUGUCCUGAUGCACGCUCAGUGAUCCAGGUAAGGAGAUCCCUAAAGGUUGCCUCUAGAUCUGACCUGUGUGACCUCUGAGGCUCCAUCACUGAGUGUAUUCAGCAGAUACAGAUACAAACAUUUCCCCUGUUCAUGUCAGUGUGCAGUGCUGUUUACACAGCAUCCACCUGACCACUGAGACUGGGAGGAGUCACAGCUCCUGGGUGGGCCGGGUCAGGAAAGCUACCAGAUCAAACCUGUGGACCCAGCUGCUGUGGAGCUCUCAGUGGGAUCUCUGGAGCAGUGAAUUCAGAUUUGAUUGAGGUUAACUGCAUUUGUGCUUGCUGCUUCUUCCUACAAGGGUCAGAGUUCACAGGUCAGAUCCAGGUUUGUCCAAAGAACUACAGAAGACAGAGACAACGACGGCUCCAGGACCUGAGCCAGAGAGACCAACAGGACUGAAUCCACCCAACUGUACAAAACUCUGGACGCAUAAAUAUGUAAAUAACAACUGAACAUAUUUAACUCAUAAUAGAAGAGAGAAAACAUGUGGACUGUUUAAACUGAGGAAUUGUUGAUAAAAUGAGCUCCUUUUUAAUUGGCUGGCAUAGAAAGAGCAUGUUAGAGAGGCAGACAGAGACUCAGCAGCUGUAGAGUCAUGUUCCUCACUGUGAACAUCUCAUCAUCUACAGAACAUGAUCUCAUCAGGAGACUCAGGGUUCAGUUAACCUUUGACCUUCAGCAGCGCUGCUUUGACCUUUGACCUCCAGAUGUGCCCACGAUGAAGAAACAGCGUUGUCUCCUCAACAGAGGAUCAGUUUGAUCAGACACUGCUGGGACUGAGGAGUCUUUCUAACUCGUCCGUUUAUGUAGAACAGGACUCUAGACUUUUUGCCAUGGUUGCACCGGUGCUGGGUAUCAUCACUGAUUUCUAUAAUCCAUUCGAUUCCGGUUCUCAAAGUCCUGAUUCGAUUCAAU